GAGGUCGACAUGACCGGUCCCCCUCCGCAGAAGCUGUCAUGGUGGAAACCGAUUUUCUCUGUUACUUCGAUAUCAGCCGACGUGGGGCGAGCAUCGUCAUCGUUUCCCGCUCAGCAUCUAGGAGAAUUCCAAUCGUAAAAGAAUAAAGUGAAUCCCUGAAUCCAUAAGCCUUCUCAAGUCGAGGAUCAAAGUAUAUCGAAAAUCGAGAUGGGGAGCUUUCGUGGAGCUGGUCCCGCACUAUUUAUGUUGGCUGUCAUUGUUUUUGGCGUAGAAGAUUGCAAGGCCAAAGCAUACGCAAAAGAUACUUGGUGUCGAUUUACAGGCAAUCUGAACUGUGGCAAUUACAAAAUUCUGUGUAAUGGACAUGGCUUCAUUGACUGCAAUGGGAAGGAUAAUGACAAAGGAUUUUGGAAUGUUGUACAAUUUUUAACCAACCCAGUUCUGACCAAGAUUUUCAAGACAAAGAUGAAGCAGCCACCAGGUGCAACUGGAAGACAAACGAUAGAAAAGCUCCUAAACAGUUUGCUGAAUGAGGAGGACAUGCAAGAUGUAGACAGCGAUGGUUUCCUCAGUUUUUUCAGUGACGAAAACACCAACAAUAACAUCAAUCUGGUGCCGUCUAUUACUGAGAGCCAGCUCACUGAAGAACUGGUUACAAUUACUAACAGUAAAUUAUUUUCAAAGGACACUAGAAGUUAUGAUAGCCAGUUAGAUACAGUUGGUACAGGCUCCUUGGAGUCGUUACAUUUGUUAGAAGGAAAUAGAAAAUCUACUAAUAUGGAAGAUGAAAGAGACAGCAUCUUUUAUCCACCAGUAGAUUAUUACAAACAGAAUAAAGAUGAUGGGCCCAGACUGGAGAUAACAAAAUUUGAAACAAAAAACAAAGCUGCAUUUAGUUCAGAGAAAUUGGAUGAAUUAUUCUCAUUGCUUGAACAAGAGAAAACUAAUACGACUCUAGUUGAUGUUAGCAACAACUCACAAUCCCUGUGGGACUUCACCCCAGAACAAAAUGAUAAGGAAAACAUUAAGCUAAACUCUGGCGAAGAAACUUUCUCUUUGGUGAAAAUCUUAAGAAACCAUACAAUGACUGCAGAGGAAAAUGUCUCCAGUGGUGCAACCACACGAUCAGAUGAACUUGAAGACAAGGUUGAUAAGCCAGUCAGUAAAACAAAACGUUCCAUUUACUUGCUGCCACAAGAAACACACACCAGCAGAAACGGUGGUUACGCAAAAAGCCCUGUUGACAGAUUUAGACCAAUCCCAUUGAAGCAUCGGCCAUACAGGAAGAAAGGCAGCAUUUUUGAGCUCCAAAGACGUCUUGAACGUAUCCUUGAUACUUUGAAAACAUUCAGAAAAGCUCAUUCAGUCAAAACAGGACAAGUAACAACAGAAGUGGCACUCAAAAUCUUGGCCUCCGAUAUCCUGCAUAAACUCCAUUCAACUUCACGAAGGGUAACAAGAGAUGCAAGUUCUCUACUGAACUCAAACAACGGUUACAUAGUUGGUGGUCCUGGUACCGGAACCUGCCGUGUAUUCAAUAUGACUUGUUUAGAACUGCCUCCCUUGUCCGCUUGUAGUGGAGCGGGCCUCGGAGGCUGCAUAAGUUAGAUUACUUGUUUGUUACCUGACUGGCCUGAUAAUGAAAAUGCCAGUUUAUAUUUUAGUUUGUGUUAAUAUCAGUCAUUAUGAUAUAUGUACGUAAUACUUAUGGGUGAAUACGAUAUGCUAUACAUUGAGAAGUAUGACUGAACAUUCCAUUAAUUGCCAUACUGAAUACACAAGAUGGAGACCCUAUCUUCUUUGAAUGACCAGCUAAAUAUGAUUUAAAAAACAUUUGGUCUGUAUCAUAGACACUGAUUUCAUUUAAAAUGAGGAAAUAAAAAUCUAUCUGUUUGUUG